CGCACGCGUCGGUGAGGCCGCCGUGGGAGAGCCAAAAUGGCGGCGGCGCAGGCGGUGGAAGAAAUGCGGAGCCGCGUGCUUCUAGGCGAGUUCGGGGUUCGCAACGUCCACACGACUGACUUCCCCGGUAACUAUUACGGCUAUGACGACGCCUGGGAUCAGGAACGCUUCGAGAAGAAUUUCCGUGUGGAUGUGGUGCACAUGGAUGAAAACUCACUGGAGUUUGACAUGGUGGGAAUUGAUGCAGCCAUUGCCAAUGCUUUCCGCCGGAUUCUGUUGGCUGAGGUGCCCACCAUGGCUGUGGAGAAGGUCCUGGUGUACAACAACACAUCCAUCAUGCAGGAUGAGAUCCUUGCUCAUCGCCUGGGCCUCAUUCCCAUUCGUGCUGAUCCUCGCCUUUUUGAAUACCGGAACCAAGGAGACGAGGAAGGCACUGAGAUCGACACUCUGCAGUUUCGGCUGCAGGUGCGAUGCACUUGGAACCCCAAGGCUGCUAAGGAUUCCUCCGACCCCAACGAACUCUAUGUCAACCACAAGGUUUACACCAGGCACAUGACGUGGGUGCCCUUGGGGAACCAGGCUGACCUCUUUCCGGAAGGCACCAUCCGGCCAGUGGAUGAUGACAUCCUCAUUACCCUGCUGCGACCUGGCCAAGAGAUCGAUGUACUCCUGCACUGUGUCAAGGGCAUUGGCAAGGACCAUGCCAAGUUCUCACCGGUGACCACAGCCAGUUACAGGCUCCUGCCAGACAUCACCCUGCUGGAGCCCGUAGAAGGGGAAGCUGCUGAGGAGCUGAGCCGCUGCUUCUCACCAGGUGUGAUUGAGGUACAGGAAGUCCAAGGCAAGAAGGUGGCCAGAGUUGCCAACCCCCGGCUGGACACCUUCAGCAGGGAAAGCUUUCGCAAUGAGAAACUGAAGAAGCUUGUACGGCUUGCCCGGGUUCGAGAUCAUUAUAUCUUUUCUGUUGAGUCUUCAGGAGUACUGCCACCAGAUGUGCUGGUGAGUGAAGCCAUCAAGGUUCUGAUGGGGAAGUGCCGGCGGUUCUUAGAUGAGCUCGAUGCAGUGCAGAUGGACUGAGUCCUGCACAGGAGCUGCAGUGUGAUGGCUGCUUGGUCGACAGGGAGCCAAGCUGCAGGUUCUGAGCGACCCCUGUGGACUGCUACACCCAGUAUGACCAGAGGUCCCAAGUUUUCUGGGACAAUUCCAGCUUUAUUUUCAGUCAAUACAUUUUGUUGAAUGUAUCGCAAAAUGAGAUUUAUGCCUUUGUAAGGCUUAGAUGUAAAUAAAUUCAGGUUCAAACAAAAGGUUUCUUAGACCAUACUUCUUGAGGUUUGGUCUGAAAUCAUGGGACCUUAACUGGGAAUGGGUUUAUAGUUUUAUAAUGACUAACAUUGGGUUCAGGGAUAGGUAUUUGUUGGAUGUGGCUUGGGAUGCCCACAUCCCAUACUGGAGUGCCUGGGUGUGAGUCCUGGCUCUGUUCUUCAUUCUGGUUUCCUGAGUAUACAGACCCUGGGAAGCAGCAGGUGAUGACUGUCCCCCAGGUGGUAGAUUCAGAUCCCAGCUGCUAGCCUUCCCCCAGCUCAGCUCGAGCUACUGGUGGGCAUUUGGGAAGUAAACUAAUGGGUGGGAGAGUUCAGAUUCACAAAGGACAUGAGGUUCAGCGCUCAUGGAAGGUCAGGGUCAGAUGAGUAGUGUGGUGUCUGGGCUCAGCCAACCAUUAGAAAACCACAGGAUUCAAGGAGCAGGGUGAGCCUGCCACUGCACCCGACUCCUGAGUUAAUAGGGAAGGGGAAAGAAAGGUGGAAUUAUCCACAUAGUAGUCUUAAAGUUAUAUUGCUGUUGACAUUUUUACAAAGAACAGCAGCAGUUCCUUUUGGACAUCUUGCUAGGAGCAGGCCUAGCAGCCUUGCCAAAGACACCAAGAAUACAAGAGGCUGCUUGCUGGGUGUACAUCAGGAACCAUAGCACCUUUCUAAUGGGCAUAGUGGUUCUGAAAUCUUGCCAGUGCAGGUUCCUGUCACAGUCCUUCCCAUCUGGUUCCCUUAGCAGAGUGUUCAUAGGGACACAACCACAGAGCAGGUUUUGACUUGUUU